AUGCUAUCUACUUUUUCAAAUGGGGAAACAAACAAUGAUGGUUAUAACAACAACACCAACAACAACAACAACAACAACAACAAAAGCAAAAACGAUAUCAAGGUGAAUUUUGCAAACAAUGGUACAUCCAGUCCGCCCACGAGACUACUGAACGCUCGACAACUCAACUCUGACCAAGGAGGAAAGAAAAGGACAAAGAAGAAGGGUAGAUUCAAAAACAAGUCACAACUAUUCUCCAAACACAAUAGUAACAACAGUGCUCAAGGAAAGGCAUCGCAGUUGAAAGCAACAACAAGUCUGCAUAAUUUAUCAUCCAACUUAAGUGGCAAGCAAGAUCAGAAGCUGCCACUGAACCAAGAUAGUGCCCAACGAGAAAGGAGUACGGAGGGACAGACUACGGAAAACAUAAAAAGUACAAUGACGCAAACGGGUUUUAAAGAACAGACAUCGAAGCAAGCAGCUCCAAUAACAACACCAGUGCUACCCUCCCAUUUACAUUUCCAAGGCAUACCCGAAACACCCAUCUCAACACAAGCAUACAGAUCCCCACGCAAAGAAGCAUUGACACGUCAAAAGCAAAAUGACCAUACACGAGACGACAACAGAAUUGAUCUUCGAGAACACUUGAAACCAAAAGGAGACUCCACUACUACGUCAACAGGCACUACUACGCAUGAAGAUACAAGUCCAUCCGUAACUUUAAUGAUGGAAGACAAAGUCACUUUAUUCAAGUAUAAAUCUCUGGAUAUUAUUGAGCUACCUCACAAGGACGAUAAGACAGGGUCCCUUUUGGCACAUGGGGAAUUUGAAAUUUUCCAAUUACUCAAUGGUGGUGUAACUUGUUUAUCUUGUGGUGGUAAACUGUUUAUUUAUCCCUUGUUGCCAAAGAUUAAAAUCUUUAGGAUAAGUUUCAAUCAGUUUUUGAUACCAAUGUUGAAUCCAGAAAGGUAUUGGAAAAUAACUAUUGAUACUGAAGAGAGUAACGUGUUGGCUAUACUUCAGGGAACAUUGGAAAGGAAUGUAAAUUAUAUACAUGUCAGUGAUAAAAUGACUUCAAGUCAACCAGCGUCCACGGAGUCAAGUGACCAAAUACUGCAAAACAGAGAAGGAGAAACCCAAACUCAAAAUGGCGAAGUUGUUUCUGCCCAUAUGUUGGAUGCUAAACCUCACGAAUUGUUAGUGACGAGCCCCAAAACGAAUAGUAGCGUAGUGUUUCCAACAAUUAUCGAUACGGAAAUUCCCGAAUCACCGCCAUCAGCACCAAUUUCACCUUCGCAUUCACCAGUACAUCAUUUUGAACUAUCCCCUAAAGCUCCAGUACAUCACACUGGCAGCUCUCUUUUGAAAAAAACCUCACAACAAUCCUUGUCGACAAAUAUUGCGUGUCUUGAUUGGAAAUCCAACGUGCAAUCAAGCCAACAACAACCUAGAACAAGACGUUCAUUUCAUGCCAAUCCAUAUCAAUUAAGCAUAAAUAAUGAGGAAAAUUUACACACUCAACAAACUGCUAGACACAGCAGCUCUCCAUAUCAACAAAGGAGUAGUCCACAUGUACAAGCACAAGCACAUAUUAAAACAGUUGAUGAACAAUCAGAAGGGUCAAUGGACUCGUUAUUGGAUGAAUUUGAACAAAAUAUAGCUAGGUCUGUACGCAACCCUUCGGUAUAUUCCCGACCAGUAUCUAGACUUCAGUCAGUUACAUCACAUCACAAUCCAGUGCCUGUUUACUCGAGAGGUAAGUAUUUUCAUGGGAAUAUCGAUCGCGAUGAUGAAGAUGAUGGAGACAAUGGAGUUGAGGGUGAAGUGUAUGAAGAUGCACGUGGGUAUCCUGACCGAAAGAGUGUUGCACCUAAUGGAAGCAAUCAUGGAAAUACAACACGCCACGACGGUACCGGUACUAGUACUGGGUAUGGGUUUAUUAAUGGUGGUGGUGGCAGCAGUAGUGUGCAUGAUCGUGGCCUUCAUUCCGCUAGGAGCCGAAAAUCAUCCCGUAGUGAUUUGUACGCAAAUGAAAGUGGAUGGAUGGAACCCAAUAUUGAGCAAAGUGCCUAUCAAAAAAGCUCCUCACGCGGAGGUGUUGGAUCAACCAAUGUUUCUUCAAGAUUGCCGAAGUCACGAUCCAACUAUAGUAUAAGCAGCUCAGUUUCAAAUGGAUACAAUUUGAACAACUUUUAUCGAUCAGUCAUUGGCCAACUGCGUCGCGACUCAUACUAUAGUCAGUACCAGAGUAAUUGUCAACCACACGCACAAAAUAUGCAACAUCUGCUACUGCUGCAUCUGCAACUGCAACUGCAACUGCAACUGCAACUGCAAACGCAACUGAGACUGGUUAGGAACAGGUAUCUUGACCCUGGAAACUUGGACUCGCGAUCAACGACAAAAUCAAUGUCAAGAUUACCCACUACUACUGCUGCUGCUGCUGCUACUGUUCAUAGACAACUGGAUAUCAGUAGACGCAGACAAAGUACUUAUUUCGGUUCCAAUGCCAAUCAAUCAAUUAACGGGUCGGUGAGCGGAAGCGUUAGAAAUAAUAGUACUGUCGCAGCAACCACCACUGAUGGUGGUGGUAUUCGAAAUGCAAAUGUCAAGUUAAACUCAAGUGAGAUUUAUCAGUUGUUGAGUACUAAAGAGGAGCCUAAAGGGUCAAAUUCCACAAACACAAAACCUAUACCGAGAAGUACAAGUUUUACGUCAAGAUUAUUUGGCUGGUAA